UGCGUAGCUUCGUUCGUAGUGUGCUCAGGUGUGUUGGGUGUGUUGCUUCGUAGAGCGCGGGAGGAGUUGAAGAGAAGAGGAGCGAAAUGAUCAGGGCGGGCUAGGAGGAGGAAGAGGGUAGCGAACGUGUAGGAAGUAUCGUGUAUAUCGUCAGGUUGGCGGCGUAUCGUGUAUCGCGUAUCGAGUCGUCGCCAUUCGAACGGUUGGCGCCUGCGUACAGCUUGUUUACAACUGCGGAGCUUACCAUACACAUGACCUUUCCAAGAUGGACACGAACGCCUAUUUUAUUGCAUAGCGUGCCGUUGAAAAAUCAUCGUUUAACACGCAGCCUGAGGGUCGAAGUGUGUUGCAGGUGUGCGUAUGAAGACAUUUGCCACAAGUGAACAUCAAGACAAGAGUAGGUUCUGAUAUUAAUCACAAGUGCAAAUAAAUUACUCUAUAUUUGUGUCCGAAUUUUUCGAUUCGGGCAGAUGUGAGCGCAGUGUAUAUACUUGCGUGCAAGAGACUCGACAGCAUCCAACCAGCUCUUUAUGAACUUGCUGAACUGAUCAAGCUAAUUAAACUUACCUUGUUACCAGUGUUUUCGCGUGUGCGUCAAAUUUUCUUCAUGAGUUAUACCAGCAAUUUGCGCUAUAUCGCAAAAUGUGACUUUACUACUGGAACACCUCUGGUGUUUUGCUGCUGGUUCCUAUUGCGCAUGAAAAAUUCUUCUACCCUUGGCACCAGCUUAUUUGCUCUAUAAGUGGACUUUUACGUUUUUACUUUGUGCCACGGAUUCCUCAACUGAUCAGCUGCUUAAAUUCACAAAAAAUCACGAUGCUGCGAACUGGAUUUCAUUAUUGACUAUCAUGGCGUAUGGGCUACGACGAUUAUGGUGACCUGCACUGUUUAUCCAUGAUACUACAUACCCAUUUUAAAGCUUUAAUGUCAAAAUAUUUUUAAAACGUGAUACAUGAUCAUCAUUCUUCAGAUGUCUGGAGUUCACCUAAGAAACUUGCUGUACUACUACAUCAUAGAACUGUGAAUUUCAUAUGCAAAUACUUUGUAUAUGAUUAUGUGCUCCGAUUUAUAACUUUAAAUUGUGAAAAGGGAUAAUUGGAGAUGUCUCAAUGAUCAUUGUGUUUAAUGAAAGAUAACGGUUGAAUGUGGACUUCGAUAUAGAUUGGCUGCAACAUUGCAGAUUAGAAAAGAAAACAAUUCAGGCACAUUUACGUGCUACAUAAAUGGUACAAUAUACCAGGGAGCAACAUUGCUCCUGUUAUCUGCAAAAACGGGUUUCUUAACUAUUGUGGCAAUGUCAUGCGGCAGAGGCCUGGUCUCUCCAUCAGGAGGACCAAUUGUUCGUGCUGGACAUCUUCGAAAGUUAAAGACACUUAAAAAGAAAUAUUUUGUGUUACGUGGUGAAGUACCAGGGUACCCAGCGUGCUUGGAAUAUUACGAUAGUAAGAAAAAGUUUGAAAACAGACAGCCACCUAAACGCAGCAUAUCCUUACACAGCUGCUUCAAUAUCAACAAACGUGUUGAUACUAAACAUAAACAUGUUAUUGCUCUUUACACAAAGGAUGAAUGUUUUUCUUUAAUCCUUGAUAAUGAAAAGGAUCUUGAUGACUGGUUAAAACCUAUGCUACGACUCAGUGGAGAUGUUCCAGAUGGAGAACAACCAAGGCCAACUUUUGAACACAUCUGGCAAGUGACAAUGCAGAAGAAGGGACUGGGCGAACGCAAAAAUAUUCAUGGACCUUAUAGACUGUGCUUGACCGACCGAACAUUAAGUCUAGUAAAAAUUGGGACAAAGGACAAUGCCGAUUCUAUUGAAUUCAUGUUGAACUGCAUAAGACGAUGUGGUUACAUGGAUCGAAUCUUCUACAUGGAGGUGGGCAGAUCGGCCGUAACGGGCGGUGGUGAAUUCUGGAUGGAGGCUGAAGACAACAAUAUUGCUCACAACAUGCAUGCAGCAAUUUUAAAUGCCAUGAGCAAUUCGAGUAGCAGCAAAGACGAAGUGGGACCGCGUCAAAGAGGGCGCAGCUCAUCCGCUAACGAAGCGAGUAAACCAAUUUCUGUUAUUCAACGUCGAAACACCGGCCAUAAGUUUCAUGGUUUUUCACCUUUGGAGGAACAGAAGACGCACAAGGAGCAGGUGGAUCCAAUGCGGGAGCAGAUCGUCCCUGUCUCUGCCCCUUCACAGAGUAAUCAAUCACAGAGUACCUUCUCUUCCAAUACACUCAUGGUUCUCGGCGCAUCAGGACCUGAGCCUUCGACGGAGCCUACCACAGGGAGUGCAGCAAUGAAUGCUAACGCUACUGUCAAUCGGCGUCGUCACUCAGUAGCCACUCAUCCCCAUUCUGCUACUAAUUCCCAAUCCAUUCAUCUCACGACGACAACCAUCAUAGCCACCACAACAGCCACAACCACCACCACCACCACCACCACCGUCAAUAUCACCACCAUUACUACCACCACCACCGCCACAACUGUUGCGAACGCUACAUCUCACCAGAGAACCCUGUCGCUGCCCUUAGCCGCAAUAGUUAUCGGUCAAACUCAAUCAUCCAAAAGAUCUGUUUUACGCUGUACGAACAUCCGAGAUAGAUGCGACAGUUUACCAUCGAGGGCUCGCACAACGAGCGAAGGUCAUCCGACGUCCGUUUUGGGCCAUCCCAGAGCACCUCAUUUGGUACCACAUGUACCCAGACCUCAGUCGAUCUAUGGAAGAGGACUUUCCUAUUCGCCACCGGUGUCUUCGAUGCCGAUAAGUCCUGCUUCUGGGGCUUGUUCCACGGACUCUGCGGGAUCCUCGCUCUCUAUGGACGAUGGCGCCGAGAAUAUCCUAGAGGAAGCUCCAACCUCUAGGUAUGGCCAUUCUCUCACCCCGGAUGAACCCGUCAUUCUGGAAGAAAAUGGAGAUGAUUAUGCUCCAUGGUCAACCAGACACCAGCAUCAUAAAUACUCGCCUAACUUCAAGUCCCAUUCGCCUUCCCAGGAAAAACACAGUUCCUAUGUGGACAUGUACAGCCCGUGCAGUUCAAGCCCCGGGCGUGGUGGGGCUUACAUGACCAUGAGUCCUGCAACAACUGUUCACUCGCACUCGAGAGCAUCUUCUCUGGUUGAAGAGUCGAACACUCUUCCCGACGGCUAUGUGCACAUGGCACCUGUCGGCGAUGAUGGCUACGUCGACAUGGAUCCUGUGAAUGGACACAAUGGUCAUUUUCCUGACGAUAUGUCUCAACAUGGUGGCAGUAGUUGCUCCGUCACGUCGGGUACGCCUAGUACUGAUCUUAGGUUUUCAGAGUAUCACCUUGAUAAAGUCACUAGCUUCCUGGCACCUGGAGAAGAUCUCCAAGCAAGGCCGACCAGGGCGUAUUCUGUGGGAUCGAGACCAGAACCAACUAAUAGACAUCGUAAAAACAGAUUAGAUAUAGCGGCGCAGGAAGCAAGUAGAGUUCGUGCCUUUUCUGUAGGAAGUCGCUCGAAGAGGCCAGAAAUUGCAAGACUGGCUAGCGUCGUUACGGCACCUCUACAUGUCAGUUGUGAAAACUCGAGUAACAAUAAAUCGAACUCAGCACCUCUGCUAUCCAGUUCUUGGGGUCACAAUUCCGGAUGUUCCGGUGCAUCGGAACGCAUGGAAGAUCUCAUGGAAUUAGAUUUCACUCGGCCUGGAAUUCCUACGACUCUCUCGUCGCCACCCUCCUCUUACUCACAAUCACAAUCACAAUCGCAAUCGCAAUCACAAUCGCAAUUGCAGACGCACUCAUAUUCCACUGCCUCCGAUACCAGUUCCUACGUUGAUAUGUCACCUGGACAACCGCCACAUUCAACCACUGCCCCUUAUGUUGAUAUGAGCGGCAUUAAUAAGGCCAAUAGAAACAACAAUAACAAUACUACCACUGCCAAUCACAAUCAUAAUCAUAGCCACGCACCAGCGUCGGUUUCUAUCUUAAAACCGGUAAUUACAACUUUGAAACCGGUGGAGGAAGCAGAAGGUCCUUAUAUGCGGAUGACUGGCAUGGAUUGGUCUCGCACUGGAACCAGUCCUAAACAAGCUCCUUCCCCUGCCCAGGAGGAUUAUAUUCAGAUGAAAGGUCCACCAGGAGGAACGAGGACAGCACCUGUGGAUCUGCCUCAGCCACGACCUCCUCCUGAAGGUUACGUGGAAAUGUCAUUUAAGGCUCGCCCUGAGCAGGAUUACAUAAACAUGAAUAUGGGAAUAAAUUUACGUAAUUAUCCGAGACCUCGAGGUGGCAGCCGUAAAGAAAAAUCGCGUUCUCAGCCAAUAGCGAUUCAGGCCAGCAGCAAUUCAACGAAAACCCCGAAUUUCUUACCACUCAAUGGUAGUCCAAUGUCUGAAAGCUUAGGGAGUACACCAGCAUCACCACCCAGGGCCACACCGACGGGCUCUACAUCGACGAUUUUUCCGUUUUCUUUAAACAGUCCUCAAUCACCCAUGAAACCUUUUUUCUUUCAAGCAGAAUCGAUUAAACCAUCGACAAGCGAAUCAUCUUCGAGUAGCGAAUAUGCGGUUAUGAGAGCAAGAAAAGUCUCGGUGCCGAGUCCAAUUCCUAUUCCAAUGGAGAAUUCCGAGAGUAAUAUACCAACUGCAAUGGUCAAGGAUACAUCGCGAAUAAUAUCGACGGGAUCAUCGUCUUUGGUUUCGCAGGACCACUCUUUGAGUCCACUUUCAAAGAGACUAUCGGACUUAAGUGUGAGUAAGCCAAGACUGGUUACUGCUUCUCCGGCAACAAGUCCGACGCCCCCGGGAUUUAAGUCAAACCAAGCGAAAUCAGCAUCGCCAAAGAUGUUUGACGACACUCCUACUCCGACACCAACGCCAACACCAACCCCAACUCCGACGCCCAGUCCACUGGACAAUGAAGGCUAUGAAAAACUACAACCAGGCGCGACACUUCUUCAUUAUGCCAGUUUAGACUUGCCGGAAGUUGGGGGUAUACCACCUGUUUCGCCAGCCGCUGUUCAAGAAGGUUUCAACUAUGCGGAGAUUGACUUCGCUAAGCUUAAACAGAAUUAAAUGUCCUCUGAUUGUCAUCGUAACUUCUUCAGAGUUCGAAUCGUCGAGAGUAUUGUCAAUUCCACUAGUUCGAAUUCUCUCUCUCUCUCCCCCCUCUUUCUCUUUCUUUCGGAAAAUACUCUUACUCAAAGCUACGGCUCAGUGGAUUCAUUGGUCUAAUACUGAAAUAUAUCAAUGGAUCAGGUCUAAAGUACGGCUGCUAGUUUCCGUAAUGGAAAGAUUUUUACCUUCGAAGAGUCGCUCUUAUUGAACCAGCGAUCUAUGUUAUUGAAAAUAUCAUCAGUUAUUCGUUGUUCUCGGUAUCUGUUGUGAAAACUGAUGAGUUGGUGGACAAAUGUAUAUACUUUUCAGUUUAAGUGAACAGGAAUUAUUUUAGAAAGUGCAUACUUACCUUUGGGGUAUUAGAAGUUAUUUAAAUCUAACUCUUCAACAACCGAACGUUUUUUUACUUUGCGGCAAGGCAUAAUGAGGAGAAAAUUUUUAAUCCGCGUACAGUGCUGCGUUGACGUUAGUGCAUGGGCCUGAACGUUGUGACAGUGUCGUCCUAUUUAUAUUUGAAAUAGGACGACGAAUAAUUUCACCAUUUUCACCUUUGUAACUAUGAUUUGUAUCUCUUGGUUCGCUACAGUUUCCUCAAAAACGUGAAGUAGGAGUAUUUAGCUCCUCCCAUCCCUUCCUUAAUGAUGCACUAACACACAGUCUUAGCAUCGGAAGAUAAAAUGCCAUUGACCAAUUGCCCAUCUGAGUUCCUUUGGGGUAAACGCUGACGUUCGGGCAUUAAAGAAUUAAGGUCUUCACAGAGUACGUGAUUGCGGUGGCGGUUGCGAUUUUUCCAAUCACAUCAAAACCGUAAUGUCCCGUCGCCGCUAAAAUGUUAAUGCAGAUGUCAGUUGAAUUGGGAGCUUUCGACAGGAGUUUCUCAGUAAUUUUAACCAUUUAGAAUCUGUUGUGUAUAAGAUGAAAUAAGGCGACAUGCGGUACACGGGUUAACCGGAAAAGGGCCAACCGGACCGCUGUGUUCUGUAGGAAGAUUCUACUAGUUAUAACGCUAUCCCUUGUUUUCAUAUGUUACGGCUGACAAUGGUCGCCGUCGCCACUGCGAUCGCGAAUGCUAUGGUCUGUGGGGGCCUUUACGGACAUGUCGCUCUGCAAAAAUAUUAAAUAUGAAUAAGAGAAUAUGAACUUUGAAACGCUAUGAAAAAAGGCCGAUGUCUCGUGAAGAUUAGCCUCUAGACCGCCGCACUUUUUUCGAUAUAUUUAAGUGAUAUAAAGGGUUAGUCACGGGAAACGUACAAGCUGAAGUUGACAAAUGGGUGAUUUCAUCAAAACAAUGUAAUACAAAGAAAUGAAAUAUUACGUCAUAACAUUAUUAACAUGAUGAGCUUAAGAAGUUUUCAUUUAUUUAACAAGGUCACACUGCCUCGACUAACGGAAUCGUUCAAUUGCGACGAAAUUGAUACGUUUGUAGUGAAUAACCCUGUAUAAUUUAUUUGAAUAAGCAAAAAUGUUUAGAAACUCGUUCCGCAUAUAUAUAAAGAUGUUCGGAGGUUUAGAGGUUAAAAAGUCACGACAAAUUACAUUUUUUAUUAUUUUAUAAACAGAAAUGUUCAUUGCUUUUGUUCUGUAAAUAUAAAAAGUCAUUUUCCUGCAGCCUAAAGAAAUUUUUGCGAAGGAAUUUUUUCAAUUUGCCGUUCAGUCAGUAUCCACCCGGUAUGUAAGAACAUAACAACAAGAGUUAGCAAAAUUUAUUUGUAAGCAAACGUGCGUAACGAUACACUUUUAGAAAGAAUCUGUAAGGGAGACGUAAUGUGAUUGGGAUUAUUGACAAAAGCAUCUAUUUAAGUGUAGAAAUUGAUGUUCAAUAGAAGAUAUAUUACAUGCAUGUUCACACGGAAGAUUCUAUAAAAUUAAUUAAAUUCAACGAACCUCAAAAUGAAGGAAUUAAUAAAUUCAGGACUGUCAAAUGAUCAAAUUUCGUUAAUCGUAUAGUGUAUUCAUCUCUCCGCUUGCAGCUAUAAUGUAGAAAACAUUUUAAUUCGUGAACCGCUAUCUGUCCUUAGUGUAACUCUACGUCAUUGCAAUAGUAGUUACAAAAGCGAUUGUACAUAUAAAGUAUUUCCGAUGCUUCACGAGUGUGUUCGCUCUGGGAAUAUUGCAAUGAAUCAAUUGAACAUUUUUAAAUGUGGGUAAACUUAGCAUUCGAUUAAAAAGUCUAAUAAAUUUAGAUAAGGUUUAAAAGAAAAUUUGAAUUAUAUUCAAGAAUCAUAAUCAGAAACAGACCGAUAAAAUUUAAGCAUUUGUAAUUUAUGAAAUGGAGCCAAUAACUAAAUAUCUAAUAAAAACAUGAAAAAUAUGUUUAUUAUUAGUAAGUUUUUAAAUGAUAUUUCGUGAAAACUAAUCGAACUUGCUAUAACAUCUUUAUUAGUAAACAAUUAACAUGAAUAAUUUUCUGCAUUCAAGAAUUGAAGAUGGGCACGUAGCUUUUAUGUUUCAUUCAGAUAAUUAGUUCAUUUGCGUAGAUCGGCAUUAUUUUCAGGCCUUUGCAUUUCCAGUAAUGGGAUUUUAUUUUUACAGAUUUUUUACUUCUAACAUUUAGAGUCUCGUAAGGCAAUCAUAUAUUGUUUUUAAUGAAUUGUGUGGCAAUGUGUAAAUGUUCAGGUAUGAUUAUUGUUGCAGAAAGUGAAGAUCAGUUUUAUGUAGUUAUUUGUAAAUAUCUUUUUCGCAAAACUGUGUG